UCAGAGGUGAUGUAAUGAAGUUUGGUUUUAGAAGUUUUGAUUUUCAAAUUGUACCAUCAAAUUCCAGUCAUAUGCUUAUUACUACAGAUACAGGUGCUGUUAUUCAUUGCACUAGAUUUAACAGUAAAAUAAUUCCAAGGUUAUAUAUAUCAAAUUCAGAAUUGCUUAUAGAAGCCAGAUGUAUUGACAUUUCUCCUCAUGAUUUACCAUUGUUUAUGGUUGGGUGUAAUGAUGGAAGCAUUCGACUACAUGAUAUUAAAUUAG